AUGUCCGGAGAAGUUUCUCGCAAGAUUCCUCUCGAUCUGACGCAUGUUCUAUAUGAUGAUUCCUCUACCACGUCUCAUAUUCUCGCCUUGCUCACAUUAAGUCCGAUCCUGAUCAACCCAGCAUAUGCCGUCCUCACAGUUCAAACGCGUGAACUGUUUUUUGCCGAAAUGUGGGCAGGCCAAAUGUUCUGCGAAGCCUUCAAUUGGGUAUUGAAGCAGAUUGUUCGGGAGGAUCGUCCUCAUGGUGAGCCUCAUGAUUUUACUUUCUCUCUAAGCGGCCUUUGGCUAGGCAGCAGACCACUUCCAUUUGACAAUGUGUAA